GUAUUAUAUAUAAUAAUAUAAAGCUGACUAAAAACAAAUACGGGUCACCCGAGUUAAACCCGAAUUUGCUUUUGGUUGCGUUAAUCAGCAAAAUCCCCUUUUCUCAUUGUUGCGUGAAAUUAAGGCAAACAUACAAUCACUCUGCUACUCAAUUCCAUGGCUGACCCGGAGCUGGAAGCUAUCAGGCAAAGAAGAAUGCAGGAGCUCAUGGCUCAGAGAGGAGGCGCUGCAAAUCAGCCUAACCCUGAACAGCAGAACGCCCAGGAGGAAGCUAAAAGGGAGGCAGAUGAGCGGCGACAGAUGAUGCUUAAUCAGAUAGUUUCAUCUGAAGCACGAGAAAGAAUUGCUCGAAUUGCGUUGGUGAAGCCUGAAAAGGCCAGAGGAGUUGAAGAUGUUAUAUUGAGAGCUGCCCAAAUGGGUCAGAUUGUUGAAAAAGUUUCUGAAGAGAGGCUUAUAUCGUUGCUGGAACAAAUUAACACCCAGACAACCAAGCAAACCAGAGUCACAAUCCAGAGGCGCCGUAGUGUUCUUGACGAUGAUGAUUAGCUGAGAUUAUUUGACACAUAGUUAUUAUUUCACAUUUGUAAUGUAUAUCAGGCACUUGGUUUGGUGGUGUUAGACUUUUAAUUGCGUACUUGGCUUUGCUAUCCUUCCCAAAUUGUUUUUGUGUAAUCACUUAUUUGAGUUUGGGUACCCAUUAAUGUGAUUUUGGUAUUAAGCAUCCUGCUAGUGCACAAAUAUGUUUAUGGUGCACAAGAAAAUACCCCCAUUAACAUUUUGCUGAUAUUUUAAGAAUUAUUGUCAUUGGUA